ACCUUGUUGAUCCAGCACGUGCUGUACUCUGCUCAAUCCGGCAUAUCGUUGUUGCGUCCAGGUGGCCUGACUUCAGAGCUACUCGAUACUCAGUCUUGGUUCGAGGUCCACCAGGCCAUUGCCUCAACAAGACGGGAGCUCACUAGUAACCAGCACGCUAGAGACAGAAUAACAGGGAGUGGGUACGGAGUACUUUAGAUAAGCAAAACUCUCCGCGUCGAACGAAUUCGUACAUGAGACGCAUCUACAGGUACCAUUGCGUGCGGUUUAAGUACCGUCUGGAUUGGCUCCUGUCCUGCCUUUUCUUUUUCUCUCUCCAUCCCUCACAAGCCUCGAACCACUACCUCCCCCAGCAAAGGUUUUCAAGUCUCGCACUUUUUCCCCGUCCAAAAGACUCUCAACAUGCAGCUCAAGCUUUCCACCCUUCUCCUGGCCCUCGGCCUGAUCAGCACCGCCUCCGCCCUGAACUGCUACGCGACCCUCGAUCUCUGCAACCAGGAGUGCGGCAACGGCGAGUUCCCUUGCUCCGAGACCUCCGGCGCCCCGGCCAACGCCCCCUACUGCUGUGCGUAAGCAAGCUCUGCUGGGUGGCAACAUCCAGAGGACUUCCGCAUGAUGUCUGGGGUUAUAUUUAUUACUCGACAAGAUCGCACGCCCAAGAUCCAUGGAAGAUAGGAGGGUGAAGGAAAACUCGAGAAAGCUGCUUUUGGUUACUACC